GUAAUAAGUGUAUUGUUAGAUCAAGAUGGUUCAAAAGUCUAUUGAAAAUAACGAAACUUCACCACUUAAUGAAAUUAAAUAUGUUCCAGUGGAUAACAAAAAUGUUGGCGAACUUAAACCUCUACAAGAAAUCAAACGGCCUGAUACACUGUACUUAUUUUUUUCAGUAAUGGCAAGUUUAACUUUAAUGUUAGUAACAGGAUCAACCUGGGCAUGGACGGCUCCGGCUUUAAUUAAAUUAUUGUCAAACGACACUGAAGUUAAUCCAUUAGGAAAACCAAUAACCACACUAGAAAUAUCUAUGUUAGUGUCUAUACCAGCCCUAACAUCUGUAAUGGGAUCUCUAUUACCACUUACGUCAGAUGUAUUGGGACGAAAGAAGAGUAUGUUAUAUAUGACACUUGGAUCUUUUCUAAGUCAAAUUGGUUUAGCGUUUAGUACGAAUAUACCCGCAAUGAUAAUUUGUUCAUCAGUUUUUGGUAUUUUUAUAUCUGGACAAUUAAUAAUUCUACAAAUAUACAUAACAGAAAUUUGCGAAGACCAUAAUAGAGCAAAAUACGGUUGCAUAAUGUCGUUUUUCCUUCCAAUAGGUGAACUUUAUACUUAUAUUCUUGGACCUCUGUUCAGUUUCAAAUAUUUUACACUCCUGGUAAAUCUGCCAUUCAUUUUCUUUUUACUGUUCGUUUUUGCUCCAGAAAGUCCAAUGUUUUUGCUUUCAAAGGGAAGAAAAGAAGAAUGUAUUAAAAUAUUAAAAAAAUUAAGGAGUAAUAAAACGAAUGCGGAAAUUGAUAUUGACUAUUAUAAAAUAAGUCAAAGCUUACAUAGUGGUAAUGACGAUACUCAAAGCAAUUUCUUCACUGUUUUUCAAACGAAAGAAGGAAGAAUUGGAAUGUUUUUGGCUAUUUUUCCAAUACUUGGGCAGUGUUUUUCAGGUGUUCCUAUUAUAAUGCUUAUUAUUGCUCCAAUUUUCGAUGAAGCUGGAACUAGUCUUUCCGGUGAACAUUUUGCAAUUAUAGCUGGUAUAUUUAAAGUGUGCGUUUCCACAAUUACAUCACUAUUGGUCGAAAAAACUGGAAGAAGGCCAAUGUUACUAUUAUCGUCUGCAGGAAGUGGAAUAGCAAUAUCAUUCUUAGGAAUUUUCUUUUAUUUAAAACACAUUAAUUCACCUCUGGUAAUAUAUAUUCAAUGGUUACCAUUAGUAUCCUUACUUUUUUAUUUUUUCUUCUUUGCCUUGGGAUUGGGUCCUUUACCUUCUGCUGUGAUGGGUGAGCUCUUUCCAACUGAUAUUCGAUCAUCUGCUACUUCAAUUAUAAGUUCAAUUAGUUGCGUGAUUUUUGCAGGUUACAUGUUUCUUUUUCCACUAUUCGCUGAUUUAGUUGGACUAUAUUGGGUUAUGUGGACAUUCGGUAUAUCUUGUCUUGGAACUACCCUACUUGUUUAUGUUUUCUUGCCGGAGAUAAAGGGAAAGAGUAUUCAUGAAAUACAAGAAUUGUUAAAAAAUUACUAAUAAAAUGUGUUCAUAUUUAUUACUGUUUUAAUUUCGUAUCAUUUUAAAGUAUCAAACAUUUUCACACAGCAGUCACAUUAUUAAAACAGUGAUA